AUGAAAGAUCUCGGGAAGCUUUUUAAAGACACUUUGUCAAUUUCAUCUGCACUUGCAAACUAUUUUGGAAAGUCAAACUAUGGUACAUUCCAUCUGGAUAUUCAGCGCAAAGUUGAUGGAGUGGCACAAGGAAUCAAAUCACAUUCUGACACAUGGUUUUUGUCAAGCUAUACACAAGUUGUUUCUGUCUACACUUGCAUGCCCUUGAUCAAGAAGUGUAUUAAAUCUAACGUUCUAAACUGGAUCUGCAUUGCAUACGACUUGGAGCAAGUUCUUGCAUCUCCUGUUAUUGGAGUUGGAAAUCUUCAAAGUGAAGUUGUCAACAUCUACAAUCAUCAAUUCAAUCAGAUGAUGAAAGAGUCGUCUCACCACAUAUAUUUUCUUGCAUAUUAUCUUCAUCCAUUAUUUCAUCAAUAUGAAGGAAUACAACUUGUCAUGCCGCCACUUUCAAAGGACCAAGCGUUGACCAAAGAAAAUUAUCCCACUCUUUUUAAGCUGCUUCUCACAUCUGUUCUCUGUAUUUUCCAAGGCAAACAACUACGCACACAAGAUUCAGGAAUGGAAGUUGUCCCCAUUCUAAUCUGCCAGUUAAUUGCCUAUGCUUAUAAUCAGACUCUGUUCCAACAAGCUCCCCUAACACGCAAUACAAAACCUCUUAAAUGGCGGAACCAAUUUGCACAAGAUUCAAACAGUAAUUUGCUUGCACGAGUUGCAAUCAAAAUAUUUUCCAUCUCUCCUUCAGAGAUUUGUGAUGAAAGAACAGCCUCUCGUCUCGGCUGGUUCAAUGCUGCACGUCGCAGCUCUAUUACUCCAGAGCAUCUUAUCAGCUCCGCGAAGCUUUACGACUACUAUGUCAAUGGAUUCAGUGAAAAGGGAUUCAAGCAUAGUGCUCGUGUUCAUCUUUCCACAAUAUCCGAAUUUCCUAUGAAUUCAGCUCCCUCUACAUUCUCCGCUCCAACGCUAAUGGACCUUGUCAACAAGGACAAUGUUGACCCCCAACUCAAUUCUGCGGCUUUGGAACAUCUAUGGUUCAAUAAUCCCGAUCCAUAUGAUUAG